UAACCAAAACCAACAACACCUCACCAAAACCACCACCACGAUAAACCCAAUCAAAGCUCACCUGAAACAGAAAACAAAUGCAAAUCACAAAACACAAAAAUACAGUUUCUUAAACCAAAAUAGGAUGGUGAAAAUCUGAAAAUUUCCUCCCUCUCCACACCUUGAUCUGGAAAAAAGAAACAUUUUGCCGCAAUAUAUGAUAAGAGAAAUGAGGAGACGAGAGGACUUAAUUACGAGAGCACCGAGGGGGAGAGAACCCUCGAGGUGCUUGGGGGUUUUCGAAGAACCUUCGAUGGUGGCUGCCCAAUGUUUUUGAAAACUCUAGAUCAGGUUUGAGAGAGAGAGAGAGAGAGAGAGAGAGAGAGAGGAGAUCAUGAGAGCUUGGGGGUGGUCGGAGAACUGCCGAGGUGCUGUGGUGGCUGCCCAAGGGUUUUGAAAACCCUAAAUCGGAUCUAAAAGAGAGAGAGAGAGAGAGAGAGAGAGAGAGAGAGGAGAUGAACAGACCAGAAAGAAAAAGAAAAAGAAAGAAAGGAAAAAAAAAAAGAAAAAUUAUUUUUUUAUUUAAUUUAUUUUAAUUGCAAAUUAAUUUUUUUUUUAAUUUUUAAUUUUUUUAAAUAAUUUUUUACGUGGACAAAUAAAAUUACCAUGUGUACACUGUGUCCACGUAGAUGCACACAUAAACAGUUCUUAAUAUAGACGAAAAUAUUAAAUUGCUAACAGAACACGAGUAUUGGGGGUUCUGCUGCCAAAAUUUGAGUUUUGGGAUUAAGUGCAACCAAAGUAAAAAUAUUAAGGAUUUUGCCGCAAUUUACACUUAAUUAAUUCACGUUUUCAUAUUUUAUAAUUCACUACAACAAAUUAGGUUAAUACCGGCGGUAUUAUUCCCGGCGGAAUAGAACCGCCGGUAAUAGUCUAGGUAUUACCGGCGGAUUUAGUAAUCCGCCGGUAAUAGUUAUUAAAUAAAAUUCAUUUACCGAAAAUAUAUAUUAAUUAAUUAUAAAUAUAUUAUUACCGGCGGAUAACAUUUAUUACCGGCGGAAUCCCGCCUCGAAAAAUGAGGGCGGGAAUUUUGCCGCCCAUUUAAUUGAAAUUAGUAUUGCCGGCGGAUUAAUACCGGCGGGUCCCGCCGGUAUUAAUUGGGGAUUCUGACCGUUUAGUUUUAUACCGGCGGAACCCAAUUAAUACCGGCGGGUCCCGCCGGUAUUAAAAGUCUAUAUAAACCCCUCCCCAUUUCAGAAACCCAUUUUCCCCAUUUUUCAUUUCCACCUCCCCCAUUCACCUCUUCCCCUUCCUUCAAACACAGCCGCCCCAUAUUUUCCACCUUCUCCGUUCAACUUUUUUCCGGCACCGCCCGUGCGUCAGCCGUCCACCACCACCACUGCAGUGGCCGAAUAUCAGUGCACGGUAAUGUAUUUGUUGUUGUUCUUUAUCAUUUUUAUAUAUUGUUUUUUUAAUUUUUAAUAUGUAAUUUUUUUUUUCAUCUUCAAAGUUUUGAGAUUAAUAAUCGGUGGGAGUAUAUUUCUGAGUAAAACGCCGGGAUUGAUCGGAGUUCUAAAUAUUUGGAGCCCCAGUUUUUUCAACAACAACAACAACAUUCUCCCAACAUGUCUGCUGGCUCUUCACAAUCGCCUCAGUUGCAUUACAUGUUCGGGCUUCCCUCACAGUCUCCUCCUAUAUUUUUUUCGGAAGCCGCUGGAGGAUCUCAGACACAACCUAUGGUUGGUAAUAUUGGAGGCUCAUCCCAACAACCAUACCCUGUGUACGGUCAAUUUGGGUCAUUGUUGCAGCAACAACCAGUGUAUGGUCAAAUGGGAGGAUCUCCACAACAGCCUAUGUAUGGAGGCUUUUUCAGUGCUCAGAGUCAGCAACAACAGCAACAACCAAUUUUGGUUCGCCCGCACCCUCGACAAUAUGUGGAGAUCUUACCUACGCCGCAGACUGGACAACCUUAUUACCCUGCCCCGCCGGCUCAAUCCCGUGAAAAUAUUGAUGGUUCAAGACUUGGCGCAAAUGCAGAUGAAUUUUUAGAGUUUACUGAUUUGAACAAUGAUAGUUAGUUUAUUUUUAAUUAUGUGUUAUGUUUUAAAGUUUAUUUAAAGACAAUUUCUAAUUUUAUUUAAGCUAAUAUAUUUUUUAUUGUAAUGGACAAAUUAAUUUUAAUACUUAAUUUCUUAAUUAAUGUUUAAUGCUUAAUUUCUUAAUAUUGAUAUUUUAUUUUUAAUUAAUAUAUUUAUUUAUAAAAUAAUUAUUAUAAUUAAUUUAAUUAUAUUAAAUAAUCAGAAUAAUAUUUUUUUUUUAAUAUUUAAAAUUAUUAUUACCGGCGGAUGGGUCCGCCGGUAUUUAUGAUUAUAAUAUUUUUUUUUUUAUUAUUUAAAAAUAUUAAUACCGGCGGACCCCACCGCUAUUAAUCCGCCGGUAUUAAUAUUAUUACCGGCGGAAUCCCCCUUUCGUCGGUAAUAACCAUUUUUAGCGACCAAUUAAUACCGGCGGAUAAUUACCGGCGGAUUCCGCCGGUAUUAAUAAUUACCGGC